AUGGAGAAUCGUCAGAUCGUGGUUCCAAAGGCUGCGUUCGCAGCGCGCCUCUUGAGGCCCGAUCCUACUUCGGUGUCCCAGGAUGAGAUAGGCGCGUUUCACACCCUCCUCGAGCGCGUGUUGUCGCAUUGCUCUCCAACAAACAUCCAGAUAUGUAAAGCAUGGCUGCUUCGAUUUGUCGCUUUCUCGUCUAGUAGGGUAGGAGGUUUGGCCAAUUACUUGGAGGCUCUCGCUGCCUCCAUCGAACAACCCCAGUCCACUGGAUCCAAAGGCUCACCCAAGCGUCGACGACUCCACAUACUUUAUCUACUCAAUGAUUUGCUCCACCAUUGCAAGUACCACCUAGAACUCGCAACAGUCUUCCCCACGGUGAGCGGGUCCUUGCAGCCCCAUAUCGUGAACCUGGUGGGCCACGCAGCAGCCUAUGAUCGCCAAAAGAACCCUCGGCAUCACCAGCGGCUGGAUGAUUUACUGGAUCUCUGGUCCGAGCACGGAUACUUCCAUCCUGCGUUGAUCACGAAACUCAGGGAAACUGUGAUUACCCCGGCUAGCAUGGGGUUAGCCCCGUCUUCCGAGGAGGCAAAUCCAGCAAAGAAGUCUGGAAAGCAUGCACCCUUUGUUGUGCCAUCUACUCAUGGUGACCCAUGGACCCCUUGGUGCGAUCUUGCUUCGGGCAAUCUUUUCCCUCACAUCAUUCCCAACUCGACUAUGCCCCUUCACCCCGGUGACACCAAACCAAUUCACUUACUAGCAGGUCCUGCCGAAGGGAAAUCAGUAGACACUCUCAAGGGCUUUUUCAUUGCAGUGGACAACUUCCUUGGCACGCGUGACCUCGAGGAUAAUGGGCAUAAAGAUACCGAUGAAUUCGGCCAGAUGGUCCUUCGCGACAGUCUCAUUGGCGAACGCUACCAUGCAUGGACCCCUGAAUCCUGUCAGCAGGCGAACAAAGACUCCGGGGACUCUUCGAGCGAAAGCUUGAGCCAAAGUGGAGAACGAACUCCAAAGCGUCGGCGCUACAGUGACAGCUCCAGCAGUCCCUCAUACACGCCACCAGCACCGUCCACUUCACACUUCCCACCCCCACACCAACCUCAGCAUGCCCCCAUCCCCACCGCCCCUUUCCCCCGUGCUCAUAACCCAAAUGGACAGUAUCCGAACCAUCCCAUGGCUCCUAAUGCUGGUUAUCCUCCUCAAACCGGCACUAACUACGGUGUUUGGCCUCCUCCCCAGCACAUGCCAAACAUGCCCUAUCCCCAGCCCGGACCCGGCUUCCAAUCUUCGGCUUUCCCUCCUCCCUACAACCACCAACCUUCUUCCUCUAUGCCUAUGCCACAGGGACAAGGGCAGGGACAGGGACAGGCCAUGCCUCCCGGCCAGUAUCACUUCCCUCCUCCUUAUUCAGGGGGCCAGCAGGGCGGCGCAUGGCGACCACCUCAAGGUGGCCGCCGCUGGUAA